UCCCGAGAGGCCGGAGCGGCUGGUUUCUCCCUCCAGCCGUGGAUCCCCCCGGCCAAAGCACGUCCCCGGCGGGACCGGGCGCCCGCAUGCAGAAGAGGAUGGGUGAGGCGGUGGCCCGGGUGGCCAGGAAGGUGAACGACACAGUGGAGAACAAAACAGAUUCCCUGGAUCUGGCCAACUGCAAGCUGAUGACCUUCCCCGUCGGCAUCUACAAAGCCAUGAGGAGCGUCACCGAGGGGAUCCACCACAUCUCCCUGGCCAACAACGAGCUGAAGUCCCUCACCAGCCGAUUUGUCACCACCUUCAGCCAGUUGAGAGAGCUCAACCUGGCAGGCAACUACCUGCACCGCCUGCCCGAGGAGGUCACCUCCCUGCUGCACCUCCGGGCCAUCAACCUCUCCCGCAACAGGUUUCGGCGUUUCCCCGAGCCCCUGGCCACCGUCGCCACCCUGGAGACCAUCAACCUGGAAGAGAACGAGAUCACAGAGGUGCCGGCAGAGAAGCUGGCCUCCAUGGCAUCGCUGCGGAGCCUCAACCUACGGGCGAACCCCGUCGGCCCCGAGGUGCGGCUGCUGGUCCGGCCCCUCGUCCCCUUCGACCUGCUGCUGUCACCAGAAAAACCCAUUCCCAAAGCCUGAGAGGGUCUCGAGGUGCCGGGGCGAGCUCUUCAGAGGGGUGACUGCCUGCAAGAGUGGUUUGGUUUAGGUCAGUCCCUGCUACGCCGCUAUUUCUGUCCCAAACCCGCAGCGAGGCAGCCAGUCCUUCUUUUUUUUCCUUAAUAAAAAGCAAGCAGCGGGGCUCUCAGCGAAGGGAUGGCGACGCCAGCUCCUAAGCCAGGGAAUCUCCUGCUUUGUGUUUUGCCAGCGCUUGGCGAGGAAGCGGAGCCGGGAUGUGCGAGGUUUGGGUAAAACUGGGGGGAGUUGGAUGCUCGGUCGCAUCCCUCCCACCUGGCCGGUGGUAGGUAGCAUCUGCCGCCCUGGUCCACGGCGAGGACGGUGGGGGACAUC